GCAGCGGGAGGAGGGAGGCAACGCCGGCCGUGCUGCCCCGGGAGCCCCGCUCCGCGCUCGGCGGGGCUCAGCCGCCGCCCCCCGCUCCCGGCGCGACGCCCCCGCGGCGCUGCCCCAGCCAUGAAGGCGGCGGUGGAUCUCACCAUCAUCAAGACGGAGAAGGUGGACAUCGAGCUCUUCCCGUCCCCCGACAUGGAAUGUGCAGAUGUGCCUUUAUUAACACCCAGCAGCAAAGAAAUGAUGUCCCAGGCACUGAAAGCCACGUUCAGCGGCUUUGCCAAGGAGCAGCAGCGGCUGGGAAUUCCCAAAGACCCCCAGCAGUGGACGGAGACGCACGUGCGGGACUGGGUGAUGUGGGCAGUGAACGAGUUCAGCCUGAAGGAAGUGGAUUUCCAGAAGUUCUGCAUGAACGGGGCUGCCCUCUGUGCCCUGGGCAAGGAGUGCUUCCUGGAGCUGGCGCCUGACUUUGUGGGAGAUAUCCUUUGGGAACAUCUGGAGAUCCUGCAGAAAGAAGAGGUGAAACCGUACCCAGCAAACGGAGUGAACACCACAUACCCCGAGUCCCGCUACACCUCCGACUACUUCAUUAGUUACGGCAUCGAGCACGCCCAGUGCGUGCCCCCCUCCGAGUUCUCCGAGCCCAGCUUCAUCACCGAGUCCUACCAGACCCUGCACCCCAUCAGCUCGGAGGAGCUGCUGUCCCUCAAGUACGAGAGCGACUACCCCGCGGUGCUGCUGCGCGAGCCGCCCCAGGACCCGCUGCAGACCGACUACUUCUCCAUCAAGCAGGAGGUGGUGACUCCAGACAACAUGUGCAUGGGCCGUGCCAGCCGAGGUAAGCUGGGAGGCCAGGACUCCUUCGAGAGCAUAGAGAGCUACGACAGCUGUGACCGCCUGACGCAGUCCUGGAGCAGCCAGUCCUCCUUCCAGAGCCUGCAGCGCGUCCCCUCCUAUGACAGCUUCGACUCCGAGGACUACCCUGCCACCCUGCCCAGCCACAAGCCCAAGGGCACCUUCAAGGACUAUGUGCGGGACCGGGCCGACAUGAACAAGGACAAGCCUGUCAUUCCUGCUGCUGCCCUGGCUGGCUACACAGGCAGUGGACCCAUCCAACUGUGGCAAUUCCUGCUGGAACUGCUCACUGACAAGUCCUGUCAAUCCUUCAUCAGCUGGACGGGCGAUGGCUGGGAAUUCAAACUUUCAGACCCAGAUGAGGUGGCCCGGCGAUGGGGCAAGAGGAAAAACAAGCCCAAGAUGAACUACGAGAAGCUGAGCCGCGGGCUGCGCUAUUACUACGACAAGAACAUCAUCCACAAGACGGCCGGGAAGCGCUACGUGUACCGCUUCGUGUGCGACCUGCAGAGCCUGCUGGGCUACACCCCCGAGGAGCUGCACGCCAUGCUCGACGUCAAACCUGACGCCGACGAGUGACGGGGACACGGGGACAGCGCUGUCCUCUGGGAGAGCCCACGGGACUUGUUUGGUGGUUCUUUUCUUAUUGAUUUUCGCUGUUCUUCUGCUCGUUUUUUUCUGAGGGCCGCUCAGAUUCGAGGCUUUGAGGAUGUCGGGGGAGAGGGGGGAGGAAGAGGAAAACUUUGGGGAAGGAUGGGCUUUUUGUUGAUUUCCUGAAAGUUCCAAGACAGGCUUUUCUGGGGGAAAAUUCUGAGUUUUGAGAAAGCCAGGAAAAUGUAGCUCACUUAAAAAACCAACAGUCCCCUCCCCACCCUUGGCUGUUUAGAAAAAAAUGUGACAGAAUGGAUCCCUUUGGUUGCUCAUACACAAACUGACAGGUCAGGAAUGACAAUAUUCCUGAGGAUUUGAUGAAUCUUAAACAUUUUUCUUUUGGAAAACCAAAAUGGGUGAAUAUUCUUGCUUUGGGGAGGGGCAAUAUAGGAAAAAAAAACAAGAACUGUUGUUCUUGUUCUAUCA